AUGGUUUUUAAAAAGGAAUCAACGAUGAGUACGUGGGAAGUCGUCUACACGCACCAAACUCAAAAAAUACAAGUGAAACGCUGGUCAGAUGGAUAUGUUAACUUUCCUGCGGAAGGAAAUCGAGCAGCAUUGUACACACUUCAGUGCAAAAAGAUCUACACAUUUUUCACGCCAAAGGAUCUUAUUCCAAGGGAAGAUCUUGAAAUAAACGUCGGAGGAUACGAUGUCAUUUUCAACGAAAGAGUCGACACUCCUGAGCCCAUUGUCAAGAUUGAACUCAAAACAGAACCAAAUGUGCCUGUUCAAAGACCUCAAACUGCAGUACCAAGUCGACCAACAUUCAGUGCUUCUAGCACUACUUUUAGACAACCAGUUUCAACUCCUACUUCAUCUAUGAUAAAAACUGAACCGGAAUCGACAGGAUGUCGUAGGCCAGUCUUCAAAGUGCCAUCUAAGAAAGUUUUCCGACCACCGUGGGCAAAUUCCGCUACAAAACCGAGUUCUUUCCAUUCGAGCGAUUCAUUCACCGAGACGAGACAUGAUGAAGACGACCGGCCGCUGAGUGAGCUUCUUUCGCAGACAAAAACAGAGCGCGCUGAGGACGAGUCCUCCCUCAACUUUACCUUCACCAGCGAGAUCCCUUCUCAAACUCCCCUUCGAUGCUCAACAACUUUCUCGCAAGAGAAUCCAUUCGAUUUUACUCAAGCACGCUCAGAAAAUGAGUCAGAAACGAAAAAGCAAGUUAUUAUCGACACGAUCGACUUGCUGAGCAGCAGCAGCGAAGAGGAGGAGGAAGAUUUUACCAUCAAAGGAAUUCAUGCUGGAUCGUACAGUCAGCACAGCUUCACCCUUCUUGAUGAAUAA